CGUUCUCUCGUCUUCAGAAUCGGUUUAAGCCCUCGCCGCAACCUCGGCGCCUUGCGGGAAACUCCGAGUCCGAGCUCGCCGGCGUCCGCUAUGAAGAAGAGAAGUUUGUCUCUUCAGCUGAUGAAAAGGUGGGAGAUGAAGCUUGCCGUUGCGCCAUGUGAUGGCAGGAUGCUGAACUGCAGGAACCCCGAGCUCCACGAGGAGCUGCAGAUCCAGGCGGCGGUGGCGGCGGGCGACGUGUACACGGUGCGGCGGAUGCUGGAGCGCGGCUACUCGCCCAAGGUCCGCGACGCCAACGGCUGGACCCUGCUGCACUUCUCGGCCGCCAAGAGCAAGGAGCGAUGCGUGCGCGUCUUCCUGGAGCACGGAGCGGACCCGACGGUGAAGGACUUCAUCGGGGGCUUCACGGCGCUGCACUACGCCGCCAUGCACGGGCGCGCCCGCAUCGCCCGCCUGAUGCUGGAGUCGGACUUCCGCGGCGACAUCAUCGACGCCAAGAGCUACGACGGCUGGACGCCGCUGCACGUGGCGGCCCACUACGGCCGCGACUCCUUUGUGCGGCUGCUGCUGGAGUUCUGCGCCCGGGUGGACCCGCUGAGCGACAAGGGCACCACGCCGCUGCAGCUGGCCAUCAUCCGCGAGCGCUCCAGCUGCGUGCGCAUCCUGCUGGACCGCGGCGCCAACAUCGACAUCCAGAACGGCUUCCUGCUGCGCUACGCCGUCAGCAAGGGCAACCACUCGUACUGCCGCAUGUUCCUGCAGCGCGGCGCCGACACCAACCUGGGCCGGCUGGAGGACGGCCAGACGCCGCUGCACCUGUCGGCGCUGCGCGACGACGCGCCCUGCGCCCGCAUGCUCUACGCUUACGGCGCCGACACCAACGCCAGGAACUACGACGGCCAGACGCCGGCCGCCGUCUCCGUCGGCGUGUCCGGACACAGCAGGCCGUGCCUGGACUUCCUGCGGGACGUCACCAGACGUCCCCGCAGCCUGCAGGACGCGUGUCGCAUCAAGAUCCGCCGCUGCGUCGGCCUGCGGCGGCUGCGCCUCCUGGAGGAGCUUCCCAUCGCCAAGGUCAUGAAGGACUAUCUCAAACACAAGUUUUAACGCCGCCGCCGAGAAGGCGGGAUCAGGGGGGAAGACCCACGCAAUGACUCGGCCGUCUAGCCGCCGAGUUGCGCAAAGCGCGACCGGCCGCUCGCUGUCCGGCGUGCGUGUUGGCGCAAUGUAAAUACCUGACAGAUAUUUUUCUACCUUUUAUUUAAACGCUGCUCACAUUCAACGCGUGCGUGCGUCAGAAUGGAGAAAGCGAGUUCUGAAAAGCCACAGAAAGUUGAACGCGGAAGACGAACGACUGUUUGUUGACUUUGUCACUUGCUGUUGGCGACGGCGACGGGAGACCCGUUGGCAAAACGCCGCGGCGAGCGGCCUCUCUUGUUGGAGUCGCAUGGUUUGGCGAGUUCCUUUGCGUUGUGCUUCUUGACAUCUCAACGCUUCUCAUCUCAGCAUUUUUUUGGGGGGGGGGGGGGGCGGGGGAGUGAGCGACUUCCCGAAUGUACACCGAUGUGCGGGUGUGUCAAUAAAGUUACCGCGUCUCCGUU